AUGCCCCCAGAUGACCAGGAACCUAACAAAAACCUGGGAAUUCCCCCAAUUCACUCCAGGCAUACCCCCGUAAGAAAUCAAAACACAACAAAACAAAACUGGGAAUUACCCCAGAACAAUCCAGGCAUACCCCCGGAUAACAAAACUAGACAACAAAAACCCGGGAAUUCCCCCAGGUCAAAUCCAGGCAUACCCCCGGAUAACUGGAAUUCCCCCAGUACAACCCAGGCAUACCUCCGGAUGAAAUCAAAACACAACAACACAAAACUGGGAAUUCCCCCAGAUCAAUCCAGGCAUACAAAAAUAGACAACAAAAACCCGGGAAUUCCCCCAGGUCAAAUCCAGGCAUACCCCCGGAAAAAAAAACACACACACACACACACAACUGGGAAUUCCCCCAGUACAAUCCAGGCAUACCCCCGGAUAACGAGAAUAGAACGUACAACCUGGGAAUACCCCCAGGGCAACCCAGGCAUACCCCCGGGAACAAAACCAGACAGACACAAACUCCAUGAGUCGACAGUACUGUUUGGGAAGCAUUUUUUUAAAUUUUAUUUUCGUAAGAAUAACGUAAAGCGACACGCUUACGGCACACAAACCAAUCUGAUGGAUGACCCGCGUAAGAAAAUUUGCAGUGGCUCAAAACAGACGAAAGUGUGA